AUGAAUGUGUCAAUGCUUAACCAACUACGUAUCAUUCGAUUACGAGCGGUCGUCCUAGUAGACAGUAGUCGGCAGAUACAAGCGCUUAAUAGCGGAAAGGCAAACAUGAAGGCGUUCAUCGUAUUCACCAUGGCCCUGGCUAUUGCCAGCGCGGCGGCAGUCGACGAAUCCAAGAAGGAAAAGCGCGGACUGUUUGAGGAAUCUUACGAAACCCACGGAUACGACGGCUACGAGCUGGGCUAUUCGGAUCACGUUCAGAAGGAAGUGAAGCAGGUGAUCACCAAGAAGGUGCCAGUACCAUACCCAGUGGAGGUCGAGAAGCAUGUCCCGGUCGAAGUGAAGGUCCCGUAUCCCGUGGAGGUUGUCAAGAAGGUCCCGGUCGUCGUCGAGAAGAAAGUCCCAGUGUACGUCGAGAAGAAGGUCCCAGUCCACGUUGACCGUCCGUACCCGGUGGAAGUGAAGGUUCCAGUCGAGGUUCCAGUCUACAAGAAGGAAUACGUCGAGGUCCCGAAGCCAUACGCAGUUCAUGUUGAUAAGCCCUACCCCGUGUACGUGAAGCAGCCCGUCUACGUCGAGAAGCCAGUUCCAGUGACGGUCCACAUCAAGGAACACCACAAGAAGCCGUACUGGGGCUGA